AUGCUGAAGUUCCUGUCCUCACCCUCCAACAUGAAGGUCUCCGCCGCGAUUCUGUGCCUGCUGCUCACAGAAGCCACCUUCAGCCCCCAGGUGCUUGCACAACCAGAUUCAGUUUCCAUUCCAGUCACAUGCUGCUUUAAUGUGGUCAGUAGGAGGAUUCCCACCCAGAGACUGGACAGCUACACAAGAAUCACCAACGUCCAGUGUCCCCAGGAAGCUGUGAUUUUCAAGACCAAACUGGCCAAGGAAUUCUGUGCUGACCCCAAAGAGAGGUGGGUCAGGGAUUCCAUGAAGCACCUGGACCGAAAGACCCAAACCCUGAAAACUUCAACUAUCACACCUGGACUGACAGUCAGAGCCUGA